AUGCAGCAACCUGAUGAAGACAUAGAGCUGAAGCGGCUGAAGCGGCUGAAGCGACAUGGCGGUUAUUCCGCAGCGGCAUCUUGGCUGGCCAGUGACCCUGACGACGAGGCACUUAUUUUCAGAAAGUUCAACAGGCUGGCUGCGCUAAAUUUGCUCUACAUGCAAAGCGAAGUGCUUGAACUGGAAAAUAAAGUAGAUGCCAUGCAUUUAUCAACCGUCGAUGGCCACGAUAUGGGGUUAAAAGACUCAGCCAGGACAUGGGAGACGCUCAUACGGCAGUGCCAACCAGGCAGUGAAUUCAGGCUAGAUGCAAAGGAAAGAAUGGAUCUUCUUCUCGAGUUGAGAAAGAAGCUGAAAGAUUACCAUGAAGCUUUAGCUCUGCAGAAAGAUAUCGCAAGCCUCAGGAAGCCUGAAGAUCGGGUCAUUGAGGCUGUAAAGCACUUUUUCGAGAGGCCGCAACAUAUUCUUGGAGGAAGCGCCAAGGAGCUUUUCCAAGAGACAAAAACCGAUGGUUUUAACGACUUCGAAGAGGUAGCACGAGAUGGUGUCAGCCACUUUAAGCGCUUCAAUGAAGACUCGAUCACCAGGGCCGUCAACAUUGCAACUGUCAUUGUUGCUGCAUUUUUCCUCAUCGGAACAAUGGUAGGGUUUUAUUUUAUGAAGAGCACAGUAUUGGAACUCGUCAUGAUUGCUGUGUUCACCACGUUGUUCGCUGGGAGCUUAGCACUCAUCACAAAUGCGAGACGAGCCGAGAUAUUCGCUUCCACAGCUGCAUAUGCCGCCGUUCUUGUUGUUUUUGUUAGCAGCAGCGAGCUUUCAGCGAGCUAA